CUCUUUAUUCUAUUUACUAUGACCACUGCAGAGGUCAAGAGACCAGUGUCUGUAAAGGAGACCCAGACUGGGACACUCCCACGUAUGGCCCCACUCAACGUACCCUUCUUGCGUCGGAUACAGACCAUGGCCUUGUUGACCUAUUCACUAGAGACCACCAUUCUCCUCAGUCUGUUUUCUUUUGUGUGUGCUAUUCCUUUGUUCUGGCCACUGGUGAUAGGAUACAUAAUCUUCUCUAUAAUGGAUGAAUCUUCAGAAAACGGAAGCAGACGUUGGGAGUGGCUUCGCAACUUGACGGUCUGGAAACACUUUGUCGAUUACUUUCCCGUUCGACUUAUCAAAGAGGCCGAUUUGGAUCCUACAAAAAAUUACAUCUUUGGAUAUCAUCCUCAUGGUAUAAUUGCGUUUGGAGCUGCAGCUGGGUUCAUGACAGAAGGUGCCGGUAUCUCCAAGCUCUUCCCUGGCAUCACAGCUACUCUCCUGACACUCAGCUCAAACUUCAAGAUCCCCUUCCAUCGUGAUUUUCUUCUCUGGAUGGGCGCAUGUUCCGUAUCACGAAAGUCGUGCACUAAUAUUCUUCAGUCAAAGCCCGGUAAUGCGAUUGUGAUUGCGGUUGGGGGUGCAUCCGAGUCACUCAAUGCGCGGCCUGGCGUAAUCAACUUGACCCUCAAGAGGCGGCUCGGGUUUGUCAGGAUUGCGGUUGAAACAGGGGCUAGACUCGUGCCUGUCCUGAGUUUCGGAGAAAACGAGAUUUACAACCAAUUGAAUAACGAGAGUGGGUCUUCUAUUCGUCAUUUUCAAAAGAAGCUUCAACAGACUUUUGGCUUCACAACCCCUUUCUUUCACGGAAGAGGUGUCUUUAAUUAUGAUAUUGGUCUCUUGCCACACCGUCGCCCGAUAAAUGUUAUCAUUGGUGAGCCAAUUGUUCCACCGGUCGGCAUAUCUGAGAAAGACAAGGAGGAGGCAGUGCGUCGCUUACAUGGUCAGUACAUGCAAGCCUUAAGAGAUUUGUACGAUAAAUACAAAGAUACAUAUGCUACCAACCGUAUCAAGGAUAUGGAGUUUAUUGAAUAAAUAUAUAUACAAGCGCACAAACAUAUAAACAUACAAAAAAAAACAUACACAAACGCACACACACACACACACACACACAUACAAAGUACACAUGCCGGGAAAGGAGGUUAUAUAUACAUAUGUGUGUGUGUGUAUAUGUAUAUGUGAUAUUUCAUAUUUUCUUGCACAUUUUAAUAAAUCGCAUUUUAUCUAUCAC